CUCGCACACUCCCUGUUCCUCACGCGUCAUCUUUCCAUUUGAUCAGCAUUCCAUGUACCAUUUGAGAUGACUUACAGCACAAAAGGCAGCGGAACUGGUCGUAGACAUCCACCAAAAUAUGGAGAAAAUUGCAGAGAUCCAAGGGAGAGAAAUCAACGAUGAUAACCUUCAAUAGCACUAAACACGUUCGUCCCCCAUCCUCGAAACCAAAUGCGCGCCAAUCGAGAAGACCGCGCGAGAAACACACCAAUAUGGUCCCACCGACCGCCAUGCCCUCGACGCUCGGCCCGACACCCCGAUCCUCGUCUUCUCAUAUGGUGGCGGAUUCCACACAGGCUCGCGCACGCUCCCGGCCCCCGCGUCUAUCAUCUGCCACAACCUCGGCUCCUUCUUCGCCACCCGCGGGUUCAUCACCGUCCCCGACUGCCACCUCGUCGACUCUUGUGUACAGUUCCCUGGCGAGGGCGAUGCAAUACAAUGGGUCGUGGAUAACCUGUCCUUCCCCGACUCUGACAUCUAUCUCCUCGGCCAUUCAGCGGGGGGGGAUGAACAUGUUCACCAUCCUCGCCCUCCUGGAGCUGCUGUACUCUUCCACUUUGCAACCCCGUAUCAAAGGCGCGGUCCGUACAUGUUUGAGGACAUGCCACCAGAUAUGAAAAAAUUCCGUCCGGCUGUAUUACGGUGAAGGCGUUGAGGCCAAGCAGAGAGUGCCAUUAGCGUUGUUAGAUUCGGCGAGUGUACCGAAUCCGAGGCCGUUGCUCGGUGUUGGUGAGAGGGAUAUCCCUUGUUUGAACCCCGCUCUGGAGAAAUUCGGCGUAGCUUUGAAGGCAAGAGGCACGUCGUACGAGGAGUUUGUCGCACAAGGGGCAUAAUCAUGUUA